GGUUGGGCAUUGUUGUGAGGGCGCCGGCGACAAUUACGCACUAGGGUGGACACGCGUGUCCAAGAAAGAAAAUUCCGCGGGUCAGAGAUUAGCAGUCGUUGACACAACAGCCGAAUGACGCACCCGCAGUUGGACACACAAGUCUAAGGAAGAAGUUUCGGAGGGUCGGAGAUCUUUGGCGCCAUGGCGCGCCGCGCUCUUCGAUUGUCGAUGUUCGUGCUGGCGCUCGCCUGCGCUCUGGCGGUGAAGGAAAGUGGCAGAGUGAAACGGCAGACAGUCGGCGGAGCAGGCGUUCUCAGCGCGUUGGGCAGCCUGGCAGGGCAGGUGGUGCCGGGAGGAAUUCUACAGCAGCUACAGGGCGUCGCAGGACUCUUCGGCCAGGGGACCACCCCGUCCCCUCUCUACACGCAGUAUCCACAGUACCCACAGGGCGGCAGCGGCAGUGGCGGCGGCCACGGCCAGUACUACCCAGGUGAGCAACGCGCAGCGCCGCUG